AUGUCCACUGAUGAUCUAAAAACAUCCAUCCAGGCAGCAAAUAAAUUCCAAGAUUUUGACUUUGAAUCUUUUGCAUCAGAUGAUUCAGACGAUAAUGCACUCUUCAUCGAUGAGGAUAAUCAUUCAAUGUCAACUGAUGAUGAGUCUAGUUCAAAUUCUUAUUCAUCAGACGAAUCAAUUGAUGCACUUCACAUUGGCGAGACAAAAUAUUCUAUGUCAUCAGAUGAUGAGUCAACAGAUUCAUCAUCUGAUAACUCUGUUGCAUCAGUUAAACCCACAAAAAAUUAUUUUUCAAAUUUUAGGACUAGAAAAUCUUUUGCAUCAGAUGAGAAAACAAGAACUGGUAACUCUGUUGAGCAUAAAAAGUCUGGAAACUCAGUUGAACCAGAUGAGUCAAUUACUCCUCCUUCAAAUAGUGAGACUGAAAAUUUCCUUGAGUCAAAAAAUAAUAAUCGGUGUACGAGUGUUGUUCCAGAUAAUCAACCAUCAGACAGAUCAAACGGAUCCCUUACCAAUGGAUCUUUCAACAACGGAUCGAGCAACAGUUGUUCGCCUCCAAAUAACGGAUUGUCGUUACCAAAAAACGGCGAAAUGGAUUCAGAAAAACAAAGAUACAACUCCCAAACGGCGUCCACAAAAGCGGCAAUAUUGAGCACUCAGGAGGAAUACGAUAAAUGUAGACAGUUGUAUGAUUAUGACGAGGCACCAGCACAUCUCAGGUUCAAUCCGUUCAUAAGAUCAGGCUAUAGAGGCAUUCUGUCUACCCAGAUGUGCCUAGAAUCAGUAUUCUGGUGGACGAACGAAACCAUCAAUAUUUGGUCACAUCUUUUCGGAUAUCUUUUGUUUUUGGGUUUGACGGUCACCGAUUUGGCGCUUCUGCAAAUACAGGCUGGAUGGUUUGAUAAAUUGAUUGUUGGAGCACUUUUGGGAUGUUUUCAGGCUUGCAUGAUCCUAUCAUCAAUGUACCACACGUUCUCCUGUCGAUCAGAACACGACUACAGAAGUUUCCUGGCAUACGACCUAUUUGGCAUCUCCUUAAGUCUUUUCGCCAUCUACAUCUCAGGAAUAUACUAUGCCUUCUGGUGCUUUCCGGCUCUGAAGUUCUUCUACAUGGUAACCGUGACCAUCUUUUUCUGCGUUGCAAUGGGCGUCCAAUUGCCAAGAUUUGAAUGUUCGGAUGCCAUCAAAAUGUUGACUUUUGUUAUUUGGGCUGGUUAUGGAGUAAUUCCGACGAUACAUUGGACUAUUGAGAUGGGCGGAUGGGAAAAUGCAAUGGUCAAGUUGCUGUUACCACGUGUGCUCGGCAUGUACCUGAUAUCUGGAUUGGCUUUCCUGAUCUACCUGACCAGGAUACCAGAGCGUUGGUUUUCUGGUCGUGUCGAUUAUUUGGGACAUUCUCAUCAGUGGUGGCACAUCUUUGUUGUUUUGGCACUUUACUACUGGCACAACUCUGGACUGAUUUAUAUUGAUUACAGAAUGCACAACGCCUGUCCAGGACAAAGCGAAAUCAUACCAAUUGCACGUCCAUACUAAAAUAGCGAAAAAACAGAGCAAAACUAAAAAAGUUUUAAAAUUUUAAACCAGAAUAUUCAACAACCCUUUAAAAACA